AUGAGGGAAGUGAGUGGCCUCCAGAUUCUGCAGUCCAAAAUGAAGUGGCACCACCUGGAGAAUGCAAUUAAUGAACUAUGGAAUGCCUUUGCGGGCCUGCUGUGUCAUCAGUCCAUGGUCCUGGCCAUCAACUCCAGCUUUGUGGAUCCCGUACUGCAGUAUGAAACUCAGCUGAACGUAACUGAAGCAUCCUUUAGAAUGCUAUUAGCCCUACCAAACUUUGGAAAGUUGAGAGCACUGGGGAUUGGCAAUGAGGACCUCGAGGACCAGGAGAGUUUAUAUCAAAAUAUUUUACACAUAUUUGAGGACACUCUUCUGAUCUUAGUGUCUAAAGACCUCUACAAACUACAGAUCCUAAGGGAAAUGGUUUUGUGGGUGAAAGAAGAGCGUUUGUACCUGCAAGAGGAAGCACUGACGAUCAUCAGCAGGGUGUUAUGCUUUGCAUCUAAGAAAGUCCUAGGAGAUACAAGCGUGGACGCCCCGUGUCUGGGUGUCCUGGCCGCAGAGCUGUCUCUCCUGUGUUGUCAUGCUGACAGUGACAUCAUGAACCAGGCCUCCAUGGGACUGCACCACCUGCUCUGCAUUGCCAAGUGGCAGAACGAUUAUAUAGGAAUUCAGGCCCUGAAGUACCCAGCCAAACCCAAGAAGGAGAGUCAUCUUUGGUCUUUGGUGCAGAGUGUAGGAAAUACUUUACUGCCCUCCUUGCUGACUGACUUUGUGUGGACCCUCCUGAUGAAACUGUCUGAAGCCAGUUUUGAAAUUGCCUCUGAGGCAGCCUCUAUCCUGAAGCUGACUCUGCAGUAUCACUCCCAGAAGGUCAUCAUGGUGUCUAAGAUUGUGAAUUUUAUUUAUAAGAAGCUGUGUGAAGAUCCCUCCCACAGCAUGAAGCACUCUAUGCUGCGGGUCACCACCUUGCUGACGCGCACUUCACCCAAGAAGGUCAUCUUUCAACUCAUGGACUACCCGGUGCCCGCUGAUGACACUCUAAUACUGAUGUGGCAAGCGGCGGGUUCCGAGGGCAGCGUGGCCCCUCUCGUGCUGAAGACUAUCCUUCUGAUCCUGAAGGGAAAGCCCGGAGAGACGGAGGAGGACAUGGAGGAAAAGAGGCGCUUCUCCCUGGACGCCACCAACAUGAUGCCUGUGGCGGCGUCGCAGGCCCUGUGCACGUUUCUGCCCGUGGGCUCUUACAAGAAGGCCGUGGCCCAGUUCUUCCCGCACCUCCUGUUGGCCCUCAUGCUGCAGCUCUUCUACAGCAGCCAGCUGAGAGUGAUGCCCCAGGACAGGCCGCUCUAUGCCCGGGACGCCCUGAGAGCUCUGCUGAACUCUUCCGGAUUACAAGAGGUGGAUGCUGCUCUGAAGAAAAAGAACUGCUGGAACCAGUUUUCCCAAGCACUGUAUCACCAACUCGGGGUUCACCUCAUUGCCAAAACUCUCAGCGAGUUCAACUUCCCACAGUUUCCAGAGACUCUACAUUAUUUCUACAAGAUCUCCGUGGAAGGUCCUAGAAGGUCCGAAGACAAUAUCGUCACAAUAAUAUUCUUCACUGAACUUCUGAAUAACUUCUUCAAGGACCCAUUCCCAGAAGAAUUUAUGGUCCUCUACAAAAACUGGAUCAACGAUUCCAACCCUGUGGUUAGCAAGUUGAGUCUCCAGAAAAUCGCCAACAUGGCCCCCGUCAUCAAUGAGAUAGAAAAUGUCUGCAGCCUACUGACAUCCAUCCUGGAAGCCUUCCAUUCCAAGGAACACACCGUUGUCAUCCGGGCCUUGCUCACCCUCCGGAAACUUCUAUGCAAACUGGACAGGGUGAUCUACUCCUCACUGUGCGCCAAAAUCGCUUCCAGCUACUGUCCUCUGAUGGAUCACAGCAAUGGGGGUAUUCGGAGCAUGGCCAUUCGACACUUUGGUGAGUUGCUGAAGGAUAUGAGUCAGUACACCUGGAUGCUGAACCCUUUGGCCCUUGGAGCCUUGGUGCCCCUGAUCCUGUUUUUGGAGGACAAGGAGAUAAGAGUCUCAAAAGCAUGUAAAUACACAUUAAGAAUCUGUGCCUCACAACUGAGGUGGCCCACACCAGUUUUUCUCAAAGAUGAAAAUUACAACUUUGAGCUGGUGGUGCUCAACAUCUGUAACCACCUUGCGGCUUCUCACGAGAGCUACAUUACAGAUUUAAUAUCUGAUACCUUAGGGUUCCUGGGGAGCUCCCGGCCAUACCUGAGGAGAGGAUCGGUUAUUUUAGUAGGGUACUUGGCACAGUUGGGUGCGUAUUUACUACUCAGAGAUGAAAUCGAAGUCAUGCUGGAGGUUAUUGAAAAAGCAGUCCGGGAUGAAGACCCAGUGAUUCGGGAGUUAGCAAAAAAAACCCGUGAUAUUUUUAGGGAAAUAGCCCACACGAUGACCUCCUCAACUAUCAAACAAACCUUCCGAAGAUGGUUUAAGUUCAUGUACACCAGAAAAUUGAAGCCUCUUUACAACUGGCCCAAGGACUACACCCACCCCCCUGUAGAUCCUACGAAAGGCAAUAAGGAGGGCUUCGUGGAAGAGGAGGAGGAGGAAGAGGAGCAGGAGAUUUUGAUCAAGAGCGACAGGUGCGAGGCCAUCUUGAAGCAGCCCAAGGAGGGCGAGUCAGAUUUCCCCUCCCUCUGA